AGGGCUGAAGUGAGCGUCAGCUCCCGGCUAUCGCGAGAAUUGGGCCGGGGCCGAGCUCAGCAAUCUAUUCCCACCCCCCCCUCCCCUCCCCAACACCAUCCCGGCAGGAGCAGCGGCUGCCGGAGCCGCCGGCUCUGGACUCUCCCAAUUCUGAGCUCUCAUCAUGGCGGCAGCGGCGGCGGCGGCUGUCGGGGGGCAGCCGUCGCCUCAGUCUGAGCCGCCUCAGCCGGAGCUGGGCCGGGACAAGGCGGCCACGGCGGCACACCUGAAGGAGGCGCUAAGCCGGCCGGACAACCGGGCGGGUGCUGAGGAGCUGCAGGCUCUGUUGGAGCGGGUGCUGAGCGCUGAGCGGCCGCUGGCCCGGGCGGAGGGCGGGGGGGAGGAGGCGGCGGCGGCGGCGGCCGGAGGAGGCAGCGGGGGCGCUAGCGGCGGCGGCCCGGGGGCUGCGGAAGAGGAGGCCCUCGAGUGGUGUAAGUGCCUUUUGGCCGGCGGCGGCGGCUACGAGGAGUUCUGCGCCGCGGUGAGGGCCUACGACCCCGCGGCGCUCUGCGGCCUGGUCUGGACAGCCAACUUUGUGGCCUACCGGUGCCGGACGUGCGGCAUCUCCCCUUGCAUGUCCCUGUGCGCCGAGUGCUUCCAUCAGGGCGACCACACCGGACACGACUUCAACAUGUUCCGCAGCCAGGCCGGGGGCGCCUGCGAUUGUGGGGACAGCAACGUGAUGCGGGAGAGCGGGUUUUGCAAAAGACAUCAAAUUAAAUCAAGUUCAAAUAUUCCUUGUGUUCCAAAAGACUUACUGAUGAUGUCUGAAUUUGUUCUUCCACGGUUUAUUUUUUGUCUUAUUCAAUACUUAAGAGAAGGCUAUAAUGAACCAGCAGUUGAUGUACCAUCAGAAAAAGACUUUCACAAAGUCCUUCAGUUAUUGGGACCCCAAAUUUCCUUUUUGGAAGAUUUGACUAAAAUGGGAGGAGCGAUGCGAUCUGUUCUUACCCAGGUUUUGACAAAUCAGCAAAACUACAAAGAUCUUAGUUCUGGUCUUGGAGAAAAUGCAUGUGCAAAGAAAAGUCAUGAAAAGUAUCUCAUAGCUCUGAAGGGUUCUGGAUUGGCAUUUCCUGAGGAUAAACUUACAUGUGGUAUGCAGGACCAGGCUGCUGGCACUAGCUCUCUGGCAGUUUCAGGUUUUGCAGGUGCUACAGGAACGUCAGGACAAGUGGAUUCUUCAGAUGAGGAGGACCAGGAUGGUAGCCAAGGUGUGGGCAAACGCAAGAGGGUAAAAUUAAGCAGCAGUGUCAAAGAUCAAUCUAUUAUGGAUGUUUUGAAACAUAAAAGUUUUCUAGAAGAAUUAUUAUUUUGGACUAUAAAAUAUGAAUUUCCACAAAAGAUGGUAACUUUCUUACUCAACAUGCUGCCAGAUCAAGAUUAUAAGAUUGCUUUUACAAAAACCUUUGUCCAGCAUUAUGCUUUUAUUAUGAAAACACUGAAGAAAAGUCAUGAAUCAGACACAAUGUCUAACAGAAUUGUGCAUAUUAGUGUUCAGCUAUUCAGCAAUGAGGAACUGGCAAGACAAGUAACAGAAGAAUGUCAAUUGCUGGAUAUUAUGGUCACUGUUUUAUUAUACAUGAUGGAGAGUUGCCUUAUUAAAAGCGAACUGCAAGAUGAAGAAAACAGUUUACAUGUGGUAGUAAACUGUGGAGAAGCACUACUGAAGAACAAUACUUAUUGGCCUCUUGUCAGUGAUUUUAUAAAUAUCCUUUCACAUCAAAGUGUGGCAAAGAAAUUCCUGGAGGAUCAUGGUUUGUUAGUUACUUGGAUGAAUUUUGUGUCAUUUUUUCAAGGUAUGAACUUAAAUAAACGAGAACUAAAUGAACAUGUGGAAUUUGAGUCUCAGACCUACUAUGCUGCAUUUGCUGCCGAACUUGAGGCUUGUGCACAGCCAAUGUGGGGACUGUUAUCACACUGCAAAAUUAGGGAAACACAAGAAUAUACAAGAAAUGUUGUUAGAUAUUGUCUAGAAGCACUUCAGGACUGGUUUGAUGCUAUAAACUUUGUAGAUGAGCCAGCUCCCAACCAGGUUACUUUUCAUUUGCCACUACAUCGUUAUUAUGCUAUGUUUUUGAGUAAGGCUGUGAAAUGUCAAGAGCUAGAUCUAGAUUCUAUUUUACCAGAUCAGGAAAUGUUGAUGAAAUUAAUGAUUCACCCACUCCAAAUCCAGGCAAGUCUCUCUGAAAUUCACAGUAACAUGUGGGUUAGAAAUGGCCUUCAGAUCAAAGGGCAAGCUAUGACUUAUGUACAGUCUCAUUUCUGUAAUUCCAUGAUUGAUCCUGACAUAUACUUACUACAGGUCUGUGCAUCUAGACUUGACCCAGAUUAUUUUAUUUCAUCUGUUUUUGAAAGAUUUAAAGUAGUGGAUUUGUUGACAAUGGCUUCACAACAUCAAAAUACAAUACUUGACUCAGAACAUGAAAGAUCUAUGUUAGAAGGAGCCCUCACGUUUCUUGUGAUUCUGUUGAGCCUUCGUUUACAUUUAGGAAUGACAGAUGAUGAAAUCCUCAGGGCAGAGAUGGUAGCCCAACUUUGUAUGAAUGACAGGACACAUAGUUCAUUGCUGGAUCUCAUUCCAGAAAAUCCCAAUCCCAAAAGUGGAAUUAUUCCAGGUAGCUACAGUUUUGAAUCUGUGUUGUCAGCUGUAGCUGAUUUUAAAGCUCCCGUUUUUGAACCUGGAGGUUCUAUGCAACAAGGAAUGUAUACUCCUAAAGCUGAAGUCUGGGAUAGAGAGUUUGACCCAGUCAUGGUAAUCCUUCGGACAGUUUACCGUAGAGAUGUGCAGUCUGCAAUGGACAGAUAUACCGCAUUUUUAAAACAGAGUGGAAAAUUCCCUGGAAAUCCUUGGCCUCCUUAUAAGAAAAGGACACCUCUGCACCCCAGUUACAAGGGUCUCAUGCGACUUUUACAUUGUAAAACUUUACACAUUGUCCUAUUCACCCUACUUUACAAGAUUUUAAUGGAUCACCAAAAUCUGUCAGAACAUGUCCUCUGUAUGGUUUUAUAUCUGAUUGAAUUAGGACUUGAAAAUUCACCUGAAGAAGAGCCAGAUGAAGAAGAACCUGUGGGUGGACAAGAACGCUGCCAUGACAGUUGGUUUCCUGGUAGUAACUUAGUAUCUAACAUGAGGCACUUUAUAAAUUAUGUGAGAGUAAGGGUUCCAGAAACAGCUCCCGAAGUGAAGAGAGAGCCACCUGCAAGUACUAGUUCUGAUAGCUUUGCUUCUACACAGAAUUCAGGUACAGCUCAAGUUUUCAGCUUAGUAGCAGAACGUAGAAAAAAAUUUCAGGAGAUCAUUAAUCGUCAUAGUGGUGAAGCAAAUCAGGUGGUUCGUCCCAAAACAUCAAAUAAAUGGUCUGCUCCUGGUUCAACUCCACAGUUAACUACAGCUAUUUUGGAAAUCAAAGAAAGUAUAUUAUCUUUGUUAAUCAAACUUCACCAUAAACUCUCAGGAAAACAAAACUCUUACUAUCCUCCCUGGUUAGAUGAUCUAGAAAUUUUAAUCCAACCAGAAAUUCCCAAAUACUGUCAUGGAGAUGGCAUGACUGCAGUAGAGAGAAUUUUGUUAAAAGCUGCAUUGCAAAGCAGAUUGAACAAGCGCAUCAUUGAAGAAAUAUGUAAGAAAGUGACCCCUCCUGUACCGCCCAAAAAAGCCAGUUCAGCAGAGAAGAAAACUUUGGACAAAGAAGAAAGGCGACAAAAGGCUAGAGAAAGACAACAGAAGUUGCUUGCAGAAUUUGCUUCCAGACAGAAAAGCUUCAUGGAAACUGCUAUGGAUGUUGAUUCUCCAGAAACUGAUAUUGCUAUGGAGAUAGUGACACCAGAACAGCAAGUCUCUGAAGCAGUAUAUGACUGUGUCAUCUGUGGACAAAGUGGCCCAUCCUCUGAAGAGCGACCCACAGGGUUGGUUGUGCUUUUGCAAGCCUCUUCAGUCUUAGGGCAGUGUCGAAACAGCACAGAGCCAAAGAAGCUGCCAACCACAGAAGAGGAGCAGAUAUACCCCUGGGAUACAUGUGCUGCAGUGCAUGAUGUUAGGCUUUCCUUGUUACAGCGUUUCUUUAAGGAUAGUUCCUGUCUCCAGGCUGUAUCAAUUGGCUGGGAAGGAGGUGUUUAUGUGCAAACUUGUGGCCACACAUUGCACAUAGAUUGCCAUAAAUCGUACAUGGAAUCAUUGCGGAAUGACCAGGUUCUUCAGGGUUUCUCUGUGGAAAAAGGAGAAUUCACAUGCCCACUCUGUCGUCAAUUUGCUAACAGCGUACUUCCCUGUUAUCCUGGAAACAAUGUGGAAAAUAGCCUUUGGCAGUGUCAUAGUAACAAGAGCAUGCAAGAGCUCAUAAAAGAGGUUGAAGAGCUUCAAGAACAGCUGGGAAUUUUCCCAGUAAGCAUCAGUUCAGAAACCAACUUAAGUAAAGAAAUGGAAUCUGUAAUGAAGGAUAUCAAAAGUACUACACAAAGAAAAUACACAGACUAUAGCAAGACUCCUGGCUCACCAGACAAUGAUUUUCUCUUUAUGUAUUCUGUAGCUAGGACCAAUUUGGAACUUGAGUUAAUUCAUCGUGGAGGGAAUUUGUGUUCAGGGGGAGCAAGCACAGCUGGCAAACGAUCUUGUUUGAAUCAGCUGUUCCAUGUAUUAGCCAUGCAUAUGAGGCUUUAUAGCAUUGAUUCUGCCUACAAUCCAUGGAAAAAACUAACUCAAUUAAUGCAAGAUAUUAAUUCACAACUCUCCAAUGAAGAGCAACCUGAGGUUCCUGUGCUUUACCGAGAUGUUUCAUCACUUUUGCUUAUCCAGAUUUUAACCAUGCCACAGCCUUUACACAAAGAACACUUUACAUGCAUCGUGAAGGUACUUUUUACAUUACUAUAUACACAGGCUCUUGCAGCACUUUCAGUUAAAUGCAGUGAAGAAGAAAGAUUAGCCUGGAAAGACUUGGGAACCCUCAAAAAGAAUACAUGCAAUGCUGAAAAGUCUUGGGAGGUAUUGUUGAGCCUUGUGAUAAGUGAACUGUCUAAAGGGAAGCUGUACCUGGAAGGAGAAACUGAAGAACUUGGAAUGGUUAACCCUAUUGCCUGGUCUCCUGAUAACAUAGAAAGAUAUUUACAGCAGUUCUGCUUACCUUUUCUCAGGAUCACCAGCCUUCUUCAACAUCACCUUUUUGGGGGAGAUUUACCAAGCUGUCAGGAAGAAGAAGAAUUUACCGUUCUUGCUAGCUGCUUGGGGCUUCUACCAUCUUUUAGUCAAACAGCUCAUCCAUUCACCAGCGCCGCCUGCCUUGACUGGUCUGUUCCAGCAUUUGACAUCAUACCUCAGUGGUGCUUUGAAGUAACUUCAUUUUCUGAAAGACAUGCAGAACAAGUAAAGGUUUUGCUUAUCCAGGAGUCAAAAUGGGACUUACCACACUUAUUACAGUUGCCUGAGAACUAUAAUACCAUCUUUCAGUACUACCACAGAAAAACUUGUAGUGUCUGCACUAAAGUUCCUAAAGAUCCUGCUGUAUGCCUUGUUUGUGGUACUUUUGUCUGCCUGAAAGGACUUUGCUGCAAACAACAAAGUUACUGCGAAUGUGUACUGCAUUCUCAGAACUGUGGUGCUGGAACAGGAAUAUUUCUUUUGAUCAAUGCAUCAGUAAUUAUUAUUAUUCGAGGCCAUCGUUUCUGCCUCUGGGGUUCCGUUUAUCUGGAUGCACAUGGUGAAGAAGACCGGGAUCUUAGACGUGGCAAGCCUCUCUACAUUUGCAAGGAAAGAUACAAAGUUCUUGAACAGCAGUGGGUUUCUCAUACUUUUGAUCACAUCAAUAAAAGAUGGGGUCCACAUUAUAAUGGGCUAUAAAUCAUCUAUUACCUGCAGCUUCACACCAUAUCAUCCAUCACCUUUACUAAGAAUCCAGCUUUACAAAGAUAAGCUUUAACUUAAUUUGGGGGAUUAACUCACUGGAAAAAAAGAAACCAUGCCAUUUUUAAGCCUUUCAAUAAUUAGGUGCUGUUGAUAUUACAUUAAUGGUACUAUAACUUAAAAAAAAAAAUCUUUGGGAGGCCAUGAAAAGUUUAACUUCCUUGGUACUCAUGCUUUUUGUUUAUUCCACAAUUGAUAAGAAGCACAACUUAUUCUCAAAAUUAUUUAAAAGUGAGAUCUCCCAACAGUGCGAUGAAAUACUUUGAUAUUUUGAGUGGAUUUGAGUUUACUGCAGGUUUACUGCUUCCACAUCCUUUGUGUUUAAUUUGCAUCUACUAAACAUAUUGCAUCAUUUUUCCUUUCCAUUUCUUGUGUUGAUUUGAGAUUUUUGCUUGCUACAUAUGUAAUUAGACAACAAUUGUAAAACAUGAUUUAUGUGAGAUAUUGUAUAGUAAAAGUUGGUCUAACAGUAGAACUUAAAAAAAAAUUCACUUAUUGUGAGAGGUCUGUUAAAAGCUUUCAGACGUUGCUGAAAAUCUAACUCAUUCUCAGGAAUUUCAUAAAUAUUAUCCCCAGGUAAAUAAAUAAAAUAGCUGUAAAAUAACUAGAUUGCUACUGUUAAUGUAAUACAGUAUACUCUUCCUUUUUUUUUUCUUUUUUUCCUUUUCUUUCCUUUCUUUUUCUUUCUUUUUCUUUCUUUUUCUUUCUUUCUUUCUUUCUUUCUUUCUUUCUUUGCUCUUUCAAAAACCAAAAUUUGCCAUUACAAUUGGGUAAAUUAUUAGUGGUAGUAAUAUAUAGAUUUUACUAUAUAUACAAAUUUUCUAAGACUAUACAACAUGACAGAUUCUAAUUAUAACCAUGCAUGCCUGCCUUUCAUUAUCAACCCAGAUAUGUGUUUGAGUGACUGAAUUGGAAAUAUGCAGACUGUCUUAAAAAUGAAACAUGAUUUUGGAUCUUUCCUGUCAACUCAAGAGAUUCAUCUGUAUUGUUUUUGUGCAGAGUAAUCACUGAUUUUUCUGCUUGAUUUCCUUUAAAAGAAAAAAAAAAAGCUCAACAGAAGUGGCCCUCGUUUGAAUGCAUCUAUAUUCUUCUCAGAAGAAUGCUGGAGAAACAGCUUAUGUUUAUAGUGUUUUUAACUCAACAAGAAGAAAAAAGGGAUUGAGCUUAAAUCUACUGUCUAUUUAAGAGGGGGAGGAUAUGGAAAAAAAACACAUAAAUAUCACUAUCAAAUAAUUUUUCAAGUGAUCCAGACAUUGGUUGAUUAUUUCAUAUAAAAUGCUAUCAUACUACUUCCUUUCAUAGCUUGUCCUUUAAAAUAAAAUUUUUACAUGUAAAACACAAGACAAAUACAUCUAGUGAUAAAACAUAUAAAAUAAAAGCAGACCCAUAUUUUAAGAUCUAAUUGAAUGAUAUCACAUCAGAAUGAUUUAAAUGACAGUCUAGCAUCCAAAUAAGGAAAAACAUUUUUCAAACAGGUCCAAAGCAGUUGCAAUUUGAACCAUUAGAUCUACAAUAGAAUACAUGGUAAUGGCUUGCUAUUUUUAUAUAAAGUUCCAAAAUAUUAACAUAACUUUCUGUAAGUCUAGAAUGAUUCUAUUUCACUAACUGAAUAACAGUGUUUUCCAACAUGUUGCUACUUUUUUAAAUACUGUACCAUAAGUUCAGCCUGUAAUAUUUUUUUGCAUUGGUCAUUAUGAAUACCAGGCCAUUUUGUAAGUGUGGUUGAUGAGCAAAAUGUUAAUUUUCAUCUCUAGUAUAAUACCAUUACAGGAUUCAUGAACUUGAAUAAUUCUGUAGUUUGAAACUCUGAUGCUCUAUUUACAAGUUAUAAUGUAUCCAGAAUUUGGUGAUUACAUAUUUAAAAUGGAAUGUUUUAUGGUUGUGCAUAUGGAUGUGAAGUGAAAAUAUUAGCCUUAACUUUAAAAAUCUGGGUAUUUGAUAGUGUUUAUUUUGAUAUUGGUGAAUUAGUCACCAGUAAAUUUUGAAAAAAGCACUUGGUUGAAAAUUGUACUUGAAUACAUACAUGCAUGCUGCUAAACUAUAACUUUGAUUUUCCCCAUAACUUUUAUAAGCCCAAUUUAUAAGCCCACUUUGAAAAAUAACAGGUCCAAGUUAGAGUGAUGUGUGUGUAUAUUAUUAUUAAAAAGAUGUACUGGUGUGGUAUCUUGUAUGAAUGAUCAUUUAAGUACAGUACAUUACUGUAGAUGCUAAAUCAAUCUUUAUAAUUAAUCAGAAAAUACAAAACUAGGAAUAAUCAACAUUGUAAAAUAUGUUAAUAAAAACCUACUGUCAUUC